AUGGGUUCUCUGGCGGCAGGGAACGGCGCUGCCGGCCAUGCAAGCAACGGAGGCGGCGUCGCGGACCAUGCGCUAGCGCUGGAGAUCAACGGCGCCGGCGCCGGCAACGGGCACAAGACGGGCGUCGUCGAACAGGCGGCGCCCGUCCUGCAGGCGAACGGCGGCGGCAAGAUCAAGAAGAAGGUCAGCCCCAUGGACAAGUACUGGGUGGCCGCCGACGAUGGAGAGAUGGAGGCGGCCACGGCGGACGGCGGCGAGGACGGCCGGCGGCCGCUGCUCUUCCGGAAUUUCAAGGUCAAGGGCAUCCUCCUGCAUCCCUAUCGGUUGCUGAGCUUGAUCAGAUUGGUUGCUAUCAUCAUGUUUUUCGUAUGGCGUGUCCGGCACCCACAUGCCGAUGGCAUGUGGCUCUGGUGGAUAUCGAUGGUUGGGGAUCUUUGGUUUGGCGUCACUUGGCUUCUAAACCAAGUUGCAAAGCUCAGCCCUGUCAAGCGUGUCCCCGACCUUGCCCUCCUGAAACAGCAGUUUGAUCUACCAGACGGCAACUCCAACCUCCCCGUUAUUGACGUGUUCAUCAACACCGUCGAUCCCAUAAAUGAGCCUAUGAUAUACACAAUGAACUCCAUCUUAUCCAUUCUUGCCGUAGACUAUCCAGUUGACAAGCAUGCUUGCUACUUCUCAGAUGAUGGUGGAUCAAUAAUCCAUUUUGAUGGGUUGCUUGAAACUGCAAAAUUUGCUGCAUUAUGGGUUCCCUUUUGCCGAAAACAUUCCAUUGAGCCAAGAGCCCCCGAGAGCUAUUUCUCUGUGAAGGCACGCCCAUACACUGGGAAUGCACCAGAAGAUUUUGCCGAUGACCACACACACAUUUCUAGGGAGUAUGAUGAAUUCAAGGAGCGCUUAGAUGCACUUUUUACCGUAAUUCCCAAGCGUGGAUAUAAUCACGCAGAUUCCAAAGAAGGUGCAAAGGCAACUUGGAUGGCUGAUGGGACACAGUGGCCAGGUACAUGGAUUGAGCCAGCUGAGAACCAUAAGAAAGGGCAACAUGAUGGAAUAGUUCAGGUUAUGUUGAAACAUCCAGGCCAUGAACCAGAACUUGGUCUACCAGCAAGCACCAACAAUCCUCUAGACUUCAGUGCUGUUGAUGCACGCCUCCCGAUGCUCGUUUACAUCUCCCGUGAGAAGCGUCCAGGCUGCGAUCAUCAAAAGAAGGCAGGUGCCAUGAAUGUACAGUUACGAAUCUCUGCCCUCCUGACCAAUGCACCCUUCAUCAUCAACUUCGAUUGCGACCACUACGUCAACAACUCAAAAGCCUUCCGUGCUGGCAUAUGUUUCAUGCUCGACCGUCGUGAAGGUGACAACACUGCCUUUGUCCAGUUUCCCCAGCGCUUUGACGAUGUUGAUCCCACAGACAGGUACUGCAAUCACAACCGUGUCUUCUUCGACGCCACCUUGCUCGGUCUCAAUGGCAUCCAAGGGCCCUCUUUUGUGGGUACUGGUUGUAUGUUCCGCCGUUUUGCACUUUAUGGUACUGACCCACCUCGCUGGAGAUCUGAUGACGUCAAGAUUGUGGACAGCUCCAAAAAGUUUGGCAGAUCUCUGUCCUUUAUGAGCUCAAUACCGCCAUCUGCAAACCAAGAACACUCCGUCAUGUCGCCACCGGCACUUGAAGAGUCUGUCAUGGCGGAUUUAGCUGAUGUUAUGACCUGUUCAUAUGAGGACGGGACUGAAUGGGGCAAGGAGGUUGGCUGGGUCUACAACAUUGCAACGGAGGAUGUGGUGACCGGCUUCCGGCUGCACCGGAAUGGGUGGCGGUCGAUGUACUGCCGCAUGGAGCCAGAUGCGUUCGCCGGCACCGCACCCAUCAACCUCACUGAGCGCCUGUACCAGAUCUUGCGCUGGUCAGGGGGCUCCCUUGAGAUGUUCUUCUCGCCAUACUGCCCACUCCUGGCCGGUGGCCGUCUCCACCCUAUGCAAAGAAUUGCUUAUGCCAACAUGACAGCCUACCCAGUUUCAUCGAUCUUUCUAUUGUUCUAUCUCCUCUUUCCAGUGAUAUGGAUCUUCCGUGGACAAUUCUACAUACAGAAGCCAUUUCCCACUUAUGUUUUGUACCUCGUCAUCGUCAUAGUCAUGACCGAAUUGAUCGGUGUGAUUGAGAUCAAGUGGGCUGGCCUCACGCUGCUGGACUGGAUCCGCAACGAGCAGUUCUACAUUGUUGGUGCAACGGCUGUGUACCCUACAGCCGUGCUGCACAUGGUGCUGAAGCUGUUUGGUUUCAAGGGUGUUUCGUUCAAGCUAACGGCGAAACAGGUAGCCAGCAGCACCAGUGAUAAGUUUGCUGAGCUGUACGCCGUGCAGUGGGCUCCGUUGCUGAUCCCGACAAUGGUGGUGAUAGCGGUAAAUGUAUGUGCCAUUGGUGCAUCGAUUGGCAAGGCAAUAGUCGGAGGUUGGUCGCUCAUGCAGAUGGCAGAUGCAGGACUUGGGCUGCUGUUCAACGCGUGGAUUCUGGUGCUGAUCUAUCCGUUUGCGCUGGGCAUGAUUGGACGGUGGAGCAAGAGACCGUAUGUCUUGUUCAUAAUGUUUAUCAUUGCUUUUAUUGUAAUUGCCAUGCUGGAUAUUGCCAUCCAGGCCAUGCGCUCUGGGUUUGUUAGGUUCCACUUCAAAAGUUCUGGUGGCGCCAGUUUUCCUACAAGCUGGGGCUUGUAAGGCCAUGUUGACUCCAUUGUUUAGUGCUGUCAUUUCCUCCCGUUGUUGGGGUUUUUUCUUUCUCUCUGGGGAUUUGGGUGUGAAUCAUAUAGGUUGUACAAGGUUGUGGAAAAACAAUGUAAAUUGGCCAUUUGCCUGGAA